AUGGCUAAGCCCCGCCCCUCAUCUGAAAACAUUGCAUGUGCCGCUCUCACAGACGUCCCUCUGGCUUUGAAGCAGCGCGAGAACAUUACAGACACUCCACAUCUGGACAGGGAGGAGAGACUGUGGCUUUACAGUGCACAGCAGCAGCAGCAGCAGCACGGAGAGCGUGGACAGCGUGGACAGCGUGGACAGCCUGACACACAUAGCCCUGUGGAAGCACCCUGCAUUGGUGCACAGUCAACAUGA